UCCAGCCCGCCCCAAGCUCUAGGGCCGGCACCGCGCGCUCUUUCUCCGACAGCUGCUCCGGGAGCCCAGCGCGUCUUGCAGAGUCCUGCGCGUCUCAUCCCACCGAUUGUGCCUCGCGAUGACCACCCAGCAGAUAGUCCUUCAGGGCCCAGGACCCUGGGGCUUCCGCCUCGUGGGCGGCAAGGACUUCGAGCAGCCUCUCGCCAUUUCCCGGGUCACUCCUGGAAGCAAGGCUGCGAUAGCUAAUUUAUGUAUUGGAGAUAUAAUCACAGCCAUUGAUGGAGAAAAUACCAGCAAUAUGACACAUUUGGAAGCUCAGAACAAAAUCAAGGGCUGCACAGACAACAUGACACUCACGGUAUCCAGAUCUGAACAUAAAAUUUGGUCUCCUCUAGUGAGCGAGGAGGGGAAACGCCAUCCGUACAAGAUGAAUUUGGCCUCAGAACCCCAAGAGGUCCUUCAUAUAGGAAGUGCCCACAACCGAAGUGCCAUGCCCUUUACUGCCUCACCUGCCUCCAGCACUGCCCCCAGGGUCAUCACGAACCAGUACAACAACCCAGCUGGCCUCUAUUCUUCUGAAAACAUCUCUAACUUCAACAAUGCUGUGGAGUCAAAGACUGCAGCCAGCGGGGAAGAGACGAAUGGCAGACCCUUUGACCAUCCUCAGCCUUCUGGCGGCCUCAUCAUCGACAAAGAAUCCGAGGUUUACAAGAUGCUUCAGGAGAAGCAGGAGUUAAAUGAGCCCCCGAAACAGUCCACGUCAUUCCUGGUUCUGCAGGAAAUCCUGGAGUCAGAGGGAAAAGGGGAUCCCAACAAGCCCUCAGGAUUUAGAAGUGUUAAAGCUCCGGUCACCAAAGUGGCUGCAUCGGUUGGAAAUGCUCAGAAGUUGCCCAUGUGUGAUAAAUGUGGUACUGGCAUUGUUGGUGUGUUUGUGAAGCUGCGGGACCAUCACCGCCACCCUGAAUGUUACGUGUGCACAGACUGUGGCACCAACCUGAAACAGAAGGGCCAUUUCUUUGUAGAGGAUCAAAUCUACUGUGAAAAACACGCCCGAGAGCGGGUCACACCACCCGAGGGCUACGAUGUGGUCACUGUGUUCCCCAAGUGAUCCAGGAGACCUGCUUUACCCGCUGCCCACCAGCCAGCCUGCUGCUUGGUUCUCUGAAUGUUCAGGCCUUCUCACUCUCCUCAUGGUCCUGUGCUUACCUAGUGUUAGUCCUGCUUUUUAAAUGCUGAGUUCCACUUCUAGCUGACACACUGGCUAGGCUAGGUGAUGCCUGCUUCACCGGAGGACGGUUUUGUUCCUUGUCCCAUUGUCAGCAUCACAGUGCACCUCCUUCACGUCGGUUCUCUGCUGCAAACGGACAUCUGCCACAUUGGAAACAAACCAAAUUUAGUAUCUCUGGUGUUCAUUUUGUUUUACUCAAUAAAUUUAGAUUAUAAAGCA